GGUGUGUACUCACUGGCCUCCAAACCAAAACAAAAACAUUCUUUCGCCAGCAAAUGGAAUUUGCUUGAAUUUUUGUGAUAAAAUGGAUGAGGAGGAAUAUCUGCACCGUUUCGGCACUCCUCUGGAACCCAUACAGAAGGAUGCUGUGCCUCCAAAGAAACCUCUGGCCAUCGAGGACCAGAUAGUGAAAGAUGAGAACGGAAAGCGGCGAUUCCAUGGCGCCUUCACGGGCGGUUUUAGUGCCGGUUUCUGGAACACGGUUGGCUCCCAGGAAGGAUGGACGCCGCAAACCUUCAAGAGCUCACGGGCCGAGAAGGCAACGCCACGUGCCCAGCAGCGACCGGAGGACUUCAUGGACAAGGAGGAUCUGGGAGAGUUCGGCAUUGCUCCACAGGGUAUACGUACUCGCGACGAGUUUGCCAAGGAGGAUGAGCAGGAGAAACGAUCCGGAGAGAGGCGGCGCAAGCUGAUGCAGCCAGAAAUGAACAUGGGUCCCAUUCCUGGGGUGGCGGUCCUGGAGAAGCUGUUGCGCCCGGUGCGCGACAAGGUCGCUGUGCGGAUACUGAAGAGCAUGGGAUGGAAACCGGGCCAGGGCGUGGGUCCCCGUCAGACGAAAAAGGAGAAGCGCCAGGCCACCGCCCGAAACACGAGGGAACAGUAUCUGCUGGAGCACUACGGGGCAGAGGGAUUGCCAGCACAGAAGGAAAAGGAGGCGGAACAAAGCAACACAGAAGAUGAGGAUGAGGAUGAAGAUGAGGAGAUAACCUUUGCCCCCGACGACUACGAGCCAAUGUUCUUCACGCCCAAGGAGAACCGUUUCGGCAUGAGCUACUCUGGCCUAAGUCGGGAUCCCGUUCUGUCGAAAUCCUCCUCCAGCUCUGCGACGACCAUGCAGCACAUCAAUCUCUUCGGUCAGUUGGAGCAGCAGGCCAAGGGCAAGCAGCUCUCCAUUCGGGGACAGGCCUUUGGAGUUGGCGCCUUCGAGGAAGACGACGACGACAUUUAUGCCCGUGACGACCUGAGCCGCUAUGACUUCUCCCUGGCGGACAAGCAGCCCAAAAAGAAGAAGCAGAAGUUCGUCCAACAGCAGAAUGUCAUCGAUGGGUUCAGCGAGGAUAAAUCGGGAGUGGCACUGCAAGCUCCCUUCGCCAUAGAUCUUCCCAGGGACUAUACUCCCAGAAACUGGCUGCAGCGCAAGAGCCGUUUUGCUCCUUUGGACAAAGAGAGGGCACGGAAGCUAGAAGCUUCCACGGAGUACAAGCGCUCAGGUCUCGGCAGGCACGACCUGAAUCCCGAUAAGCGGGCGCAGUUGCUGGGCGAGAAAAAGAAAGAAGAAGCGCAGGAGAAAGUAGCAUCUCCGAAGCGUAAUCCCUUCAAGGAUCCAGGCAAGGCACUGCUGGAACGCAUCAAUGCGAGAACAGAGGGCUUCACCCAGGGCGGGGUAAUCACCGAAAGUGGAGAAGAGCUGGAAACAGCACUUUCCAAGGAAGUGAAGAUAACCAAUGCUUCGAUUCAGGAGAAAGCUGCCACAAAGACCUCGAAUUUGGGCACAUCCGACGGCACCUUCAAGCCUUUCCUGGAAAAUGAGGCCAAGCAGAAGCGGUACGAGCAGUUCGUGGCAGCUAAGCUCAAGGAUGAGGCCGAGAUCUCCAAGUUCCUCGCGAACUUGCAGCCAGUUUCCUUGUCGCUGUGGGAUCGCGAAAUGGAAAAGAAGGAGUUCAUCCAGGCCGCCAAAAUCUAUCGGCCUUUGGAUGGCCUCAUGAACGAUAGAUUCGUUUCGGAGACCACCGUUCAGGCUGAGCAGGAAAAGGAAAAGAAGCAGGCCCCAGAGGAACGGAAGAUCGUCAUGGAGCGGACGAAAACCAUGUGGAAACCAGCAUCGCUGCUCUGCAAGCGGUACAAUAUUCCGGAACCCUUCGGUGGCGGGAUGCUGGAGCCAGAGAAGGAGCUCAAGGCAAAGACGAAAAUAUCUGUUUUCGAUUACCUGGAGACCUCCGUAAACACUAAGGCUAACUUCCAGACACCAACGAUUAUACCACAGCACAUAGAGAAGCCGAAACCCAUUCCUGAUAAAGUGCAUCCACCAGUUUUGGAACGUUUGAAAUCUCCCGAGCCACAGCAGCCCGAGAAGGCUACAAAAGAAGAGCCUCCCAAGUCGACUUUUGUACCGAAAACUCCUCUAGAGAAGGCGGUGGAUGAAGCCCGAGACAAGCCCAUUUCGGAGAAGGAGCAUAUUUUCAAGAGUAUCUUCGACGACAGCGGUGACGAGGAGGAAGCCGAGCCAGUUCCGGAAACCAAAUCAAAUCCUGCGCAAGAUAAGCUAGCUGCCCUACAAGAGUCUUUGGGCUUGCCCCCCAGUUCAUCAGCCUCGGCAGCAUCUCAGAAUGUCCUGCGGAAUAAAUCUCCUCCCCGCGGCAUUUUCAUAUCCCUUUACGAGGCAGUACAGAAGCCCAAGGAACCAGCUCCACCUAAAUUCGUGCCCAUCGAGGAAAACAAGUUGAAGAUAUCCUACAAAUCCCGGGAAGAACGAUUGAAAAACGACCGGGAGAUAGCCAUGUCUGAGGUGCCUGCCGAGGACGUUUACGGGCCGAGGCUGCCGGGAUCGGUGCCCGCCAAGCCGGUGGCUCCCGAAGAAAAGGCCGAGGCGACCAUCGAUGCCAAACUCCAGCAACUGUGGCAACAGCAUGCUCCCCAGAAGCGCAAGGCGGAGAAGUGGGUGGAGAAGAAGACGAGCCGUUCCAGCAGCGAGGACAGCGAUGAUAGUUCCAGUGAUGACUCCUCCUCAUCCUCUGAUGGCUUGUCCUCCAGCAAGCCCAAGAAAUCCAAGAAGUCGCACAAAACCUCUUCUAGUUCGAAAAAAUCGAAGAAAUCAAAGUCGAAAUCGAAAUCGAAGAAGAAAUCGAAAAAGUCCGAAAAAUCCAAACACAAGACCAAGAAGAAGAAGAGCAAGCACUAG